AUCCGUAAGGAUAUCAUGCUUCUAUCCGUUUUAAAUUUUUUUGGUCCAAUUUUAAAUAUUUUAAAAGGAAAGUUCCAUUUCUCAGAGUGUCACAAGUUAGACAACAAUAUUUUUAGUUUCAGUUUUAGUUUCCCAAGUCUCUUCUUCUCUACUCACACUGUCUUCCUGUCUUCUCCUUCUCUUCCCCAACACAAUGCCUCCUCUCUCCUAACCACCCAAACCCAAACCCAAACCCAAAACCAGAACCCAAAAAUGCUGACCUAUUUGUACUAUCUUUUCUUCUUCCUCCUCUUAGUUCCUCAUUCAAAACCAGAUCUCUCCGCCGACCGUGCAGCUCUCCUCACUCUCCGCUCCGCCGUCGGCGGCCGAACACUCUUCUGGAACAUAACCCACUCCACCCCCUGCUCAUGGGCCGGCGUUCUUUGCGAAAAUAACCGUGUCACUGUCUUAAGACUACCCGGAGUUGCUCUCUCCGGUCAACUUCCUGACGGAAUCUUCUCUAACCUUACUCAACUCCGAACUCUCAGUCUCCGCCUCAAUGCACUCACCGGUCACUUACCGUCAGAUCUUGCUGCUUGCACUAGUCUUCGAAAUCUUUACUUACAGGGUAAUCUCUUCUCCGGUGAGAUCCCUGAGUUUUUGUUCGGUUUGCAUGACCUUGUUCGUCUUAAUCUUGGUGAAAAUAACUUCUCCGGUGAGAUCUCGCCGGGGUUUGGAAAUUUCUCCAGGUUAAGAACUUUGUUUCUUGAGAGUAAUAGUUUAUCUGGGUCUUUACCUGAUUUGAACUUGAAAAAAUUAGAGCAAUUUAAUGUUUCUAAUAAUAUUUUAAAUGGGUCUAUACCUGUACGGUUUAAAAAAUUUAGUUCUAGUUCUUUUCUGGGUAAUUCUUUAUGUGGGUUACCUUUAGUUAGCUGUGAUGGUACUAAGGAUAGUAGUAUAGUGGUGCCCAGUACACCAACUGAUGCAGCUGGUAAAGGUGGUAAGAAGAAGAAAUUGUCUGGCGGUGCUAUUGCUGGCAUUGUAAUUGGAUCUGUACUUGGUUUUAUCUUGAUUGUUUUGAUUUUGAUGUUUUUAUGUCGAAAAAAGGGUAGUGAGAAGUCGAGAUCGAUUGACGCGAUAAUUAAGCAGCAUGAGAUGGUUAUUCAUGGGGAGAAGCCGAUUGGGGAAGUUGAGAAUGGCAGCGGGAAUGCGUAUUCUGUCGCUGCGGCUGCAGCCGCGGCGAUGGUCGGGAAUGGGAAAGGCGCGGGGGCGGCUGGGGGGGAAGUGAAUGGGGCGAAAAAGUUGGUGUUUUUCGGUAAGGCGACGCGGGUGUUUGACUUGGAGGAUUUGUUGAGAGCUUCGGCUGAGGUUUUGGGGAAAGGAACGUUUGGUACUGCUUAUAAGGCGGUUUUGGAGAUGGGGACUGUGGUGGCUGUGAAGAGAUUGAAGGAUGUGACUAUUCCGGAGGCGGAAUUUAAGGAGAAGAUUGAGACUGUGGGAGCUAUGGAUCAUGAGGAUUUGAUUCCUUUGAGAGCUUACUAUUACAGCAGAGAUGAGAAGCUUCUUGUUUAUGAUUACAUGCCUAUGGGAAGCUUGUCUGCUCUUCUGCAUGGAAACAAGGGAGGUGGUAAGACACCGUUGAACUGGGAAGCUAGAUCCGGUAUUGCGCUUGCAGCUGCCCGUGGUAUACGGUACCUACAUUCUCAAGGUCCUAAUAUCUCCCAUGGAAACAUCAAAUCAUCGAAUAUUCUUCUCACUCAAACGUAUGAAGCUCGGUUAUCUGAUUUUGGACUUGCUCAACUUGUUGGUCCUUCUUCCACUCCUAAUCGUGUGGCUGGCUACCGAGCACCAGAGGUGACCGACCCUCGUAAAGUUUCCCAGAAAGCUGAUGUUUAUAGCUUUGGGGUAUUGAUAUUGGAGCUGUUGACCGGGAAGCCACCUACUCAUGCUCUUCUGAAUGAGGAAGGAGUGGACCUUCCGAGAUGGGUUCAGUCCAUAGUUCGCGAGGAAUGGACUUCCGAAGUGUUUGAUCUCGAACUCCUCAGAUACCAGAAUGUCGAGGAAGAGAUGGUUCAGCUAUUGCAACUCGGAAUAGACUGCGCAGCCCAAUUUCCCGACAAUCGUCCGUCAAUAUCUGACGUAACCAGCCGGAUUGAGGAGCUACGUCGCUCUAGUGUAAAGAACGAUCAAGACCUGCAGCCGGACGAAGUUGAUUUGGACGAUAGCUCUUCUCGAUGAGCAGGCUACAACAUCCAAUGGACUAUAAUUUAAUCUUCGUCGCGUGUUCAUGCUCGUAAUUAUCAUGUUUUUUCAUGUUCAUUGUUAUAUGUUUGAUCUGGCAUCAUCUAUCAUUAGGAGCAAACUAUCAUUUUAUUUUAUUUUUUUAUUUUGAGUUGCACUAGUUUUUAUUUUCUGAUAUUUUUUUCUUUGAUUCAUCAUCCAUCUGCUGUAUUUGCUAUUGUUGGGUGGAAGAUAGGUGGUUGUAAUUAUUACAAUUUUUUCUUUUUGUGCUUUUGAUGCAACCUUUGAUCUGUUUA